GGUACUCUCUAUAAAUAUCCUUGUGGAACCAUGAGCUUUAACGCGCCACAAAUUGGUUUUAUAUCUUAGUAUAUUCUUGAAAGCAAUUAAUUAAGACAAUGGAGGGAAAGACUAUGGUCAAAUUAUCUCACGUUGUUGCUUUCUUGCUUCUUGCAUCACUUUUUCAACCUCUUAUGGCACGAGAUCUGGUAUUUAAUAUGAGCGACGAGAUAGAAGUUUUGCGACUUCCACUGGCAAAAGAAAACCAAGUAGAAGCACUUGAUGACUUUCCAAUAGUGUGCCCAGGUAAGCAAUCAUGGCCAGAACUUGUGGGACAGUCAGCAGAGAUUGCUAUCAAAAUUAUUGAGAAUGAAAAUCCGAUAGCCAAAAUUCAGCUUUUAUUCCCUGGUAUGGUUAGGCCAUUUAAUUAUGUAUGUGGUCGAGUUUUUCUGGUUGUUGACUGGAACGUCAUUGUUGUAAAAACUCCCACGAUGGGUUAAUUAUUAAUUAGUACUUCUGUGGCAGAUUUAGAAUAAGCAGCCACAACAAUGAAAUAGAUCAGUGGAGUUCUAUAGUAACUUCAUAUACUUCUACUAUUUCAAGAUAAAAUGACAAAAAGUGUGGCUUAUAUAUUACAAA